AUGAUCAUACCGGACAUGGGCACAGUUGAGAUCAACAUGACGGACAAAGGCACCACUGUGCACUCUGAUAUCGGCCCAAAGACAAACUUCUUAGCAAAGUUUCGAGAUCCAAAGACACGAACAUUUACCAAGAUCUCUGCCAGGGACUUCCUCGACUGCUGGCAGCACUACGAUCUGGACGGAAACGGUUACCUUGAGGGUGAAGAGCUAGACUCCUUUCUGCGUGAAUUCGUAACUAGUGUGAUUCCCGACCAGCUAGGAAGUGAACUCGUGUCGGAGACGAUGUUUGAGAGUCUCAAGUCCGAGUUCAUGGACGCAUACGACGUGGACGGUGAUGGUAGAAUCAACAUCUCGGAGAUGGUCGAGGUAUUGCCGUCGGAUGAGAGCUUUGUCGCCAUCUUUUGUAACGAGGUUCCUCUCUCUUCUAGUGUAGAAUUUAUCCGCAUCUGGCAUAAGUUCGAUGCAAACAACGACGGCUACAUUGGAGCAGAUGAAUUAGUCAACUUCCUUAAUCACCUCUUUUCGGGAAGCAAAAAGGAUGUGUCUCCGGAAAAGGUGCAACAGUAUGCAGACACCAUUAUUGAGUUGUUUGACAAAAAUAAGGAUCGUCGUCUACAACUCAGUGAAAUGUCUAGGUUACUUCGAGUGAAAGAGAACUUCCUUGCAAAGCCGUUAAUGAAGAACUCUAGACUUCUGUGUUCCCGGGAAUUGCAGAACAUCUUUAAAAACUAUGAUCGAGACGGCAAUGGUUGGUUGGACGAGGAUGAGCUGGAUGGCUUGUUGAAGGAUUUUCUGGAAGCUAGCGGUCAAGACUGUGAACAGGAGACCUUGAUAACAAUGCGAAAGAGACUUUUGGACACGCUUGAUGAAGAUGGGGAUGGGAAAAUAGGAAUAGAGGAACUCCGUACCUUGCUCAUACAUGGCAUGCGCAUGUCCGUGGAAGCCGAGGAGAAGGAAGAAGAGAUUGAAAAUGAGGAUGUCUAA